AUGUAUUAUGGAGACCUAUAAUUAAUCGGUUUAAAGUAAAUGAAACAAUCACAAAAAGAAUAGACUUUGAAAUAUAAAAACAAUAGAAAUCAGAAAUUAUAAAGUAGGUUAGAUUGUUUAUUUGAAUCUCUUGAGAAUGUAGCAUCAACCUCAUCCUUGUAUAAUAUACUUACAAUGGUAUAUUUAUAAUUUUAAUUUAACUUCAUAAAAAUCUAUUACACUACUACUGAAUAUUUAAUUCCAUCUAAUAUUUUAGUUUUUGGUAUAGAUUUAUCUGGUAUAUCUAAGAUUUUGGAUUAUCUUAAAGAGAAUUUAUUAUCCUUAAGAUAUUAUGAAGUUAUUUGUUUAUAUGAUGAUUUGAGAGAAAAUUAAGUAAAUAAUUAAUAGAAUAUAAAUUUCAUAGAAUUUUAUGACAUCUAUUGAAUUAUCUGGUCAAUCUAUUGGUUCUGUGACAGCAAUUUUAGAAGCAUAUAAUAUUAUCCAAUCAUGA